GCUGCCGACUGAAGCAAUUCAGACAGCUCAUCGUGCUCCCCGCGGGGUCAGUCGUAGUCGUAGCCGUAGCUGGAGCUGUGCGAGGUCUACUUAAGACCGUCGCAACCGGCCCCAGAUGUAUUCUCACUUCCAUCUACAUUCCCCUCUACACAGCUCCCUACUAGCAAAAUGCCCGGUGUCCUCAGCGCCUCCAACCUCUCCGUCGUCGACGGCCCCUUGACCUCCGAGAACGCCGCCCUCCUGCGUCCCUCCGACCCAACCCUCCCCAUCGAGGAGCUGCGCCAGCGCUACAACCAAGACGGCUACCUCUUCCUGAAACAGGUGCUGCCCCGCGACGACGUCCUGCAGACCCGCCGCGACUACUUCGAGUACCUAGCGCCCACCGGCGUCCUGAAAGACGGCUCCGACCCCGUCGACGGCAUCUUCAACCCGACCAAGUCGCUCGCCGACUACCCGGGGAUCGGAGCCGGGCACGUCGACGGUAAUGGACGGCCGGGGGGCCCCAGCGCCGACAUGUUCGUCGACCGCGCCAUCGAGGCCCACCAGAAGGACUGGUAUACCAAGAACCUGGUCCACCACCCGGCGCUGUAUGACUUCGUGGCCAAGUUCACCGGCUGGGGUAACGAUACCUUGACCUUCAAGCGCACCCUGCUGCGCAAUAAUAUCCCCGGCUCGAAGCCCAUCGGCGUCCAUUAUGAUCAGAUCUUCCUGCGCCAUGGCGAGCCGACGAGUGUCACGGCGUGGGUGCCCAUCGGGGAUAUUAAGCUCAAUGGCGGCGGGCUGAUCUACUUGGAAGAUGGCGACCCGGUGGGAUUGAAGAUCGAAGAAGAAUUCACGACCAAGGCCAAGCAGGCCGGGCUGACGGAGGAAGAGGCGCGUUCGGCGUUCAACUCCAACAUGAUGUCCACCGGUCUGCUGUCCGAGGCGCCGGCGCAGUUCGCCAAGGAGAAUGGCCGGCGCUGGCUGGUCUCGGCCUACGAGGCAGGCGAUGUCGUGCUGCACAAGCCGCACACGAUCCAUGCGUCGACCAUCAACAAUGACCAGGACAAUGUCAUCCGGUUGGCGACGGACUUGCGGUUCUGUGACUCCUCUAAACCGUAUGAUAAGCGGUGGAUGAACACUUACCGGUUCAAUGAUGGUGUUUGAAUGGAUGUGUUUGAUUUCUCUCGUGUUUUGAAAUAGUGGCAUGCCUUCGUUAAUGAAAUGAGUUAUGG